AUGCCGCAAUCUCCGAGUCCAAUAGUCGCCCUCGGGUGGCUCACGGCUUCUUAUAUUCUGAUCAAAUUAAUACACCUAGUUGGCAUCUAUAUCCUUCCCUCGCGGCUGCAUCGGUUUGCUCACGUUGCCCCCAAUGGCGACUCACCGUGGGCCUUGGUCACGGGCGCAUCAGACGGCAUAGGCGCAGCAUUUGCACAAGAACUCGCUACCCAUGGAUUCAACGUGGUGCUGCAUGGCAGAAAUCCCGGCAAGCUGAACUCUGUCAAGGAUGGUUUGCAGAAAAAGCAUCCCAGCAGAUCUUUCAGGAUCCUGGUCGCGGAUGCCAGCAAAGUGGCUUGUACCAACUGCAUCCCGAGUGAGCAACAUGGCCAAAACAGCGAGGCUCUAGACUUUAAAGCUAUAGGAGCGGAAUUGGAGGGUCUGCAUCUCACCGUCCUGAUCAACAAUGCCGGUGGCAUGUCAACCAGUCCCAUUUACAGACUGUUGAUGGACUCGUCAGAGGAGCGAAUCACCAGAAACGUCAGUCUAAACGCCAGCUUCCCACUCCACAUGAUGCGACAGUUCCUCCCUACUCUCUGCCGCAACGGACCAUCUCUCAUCAUCAACAUCAGUUCCUUGGCGGAUACUGGAUUUCCAUUGCUGUCAUCCUACGGGUCAAGUAAGCAGUUUCUCAUGACUCUAACCCGGUCCGUAUCUCUUGAGAUGCCCCUUGGCCACGGCCCUGGAUCGGAUCAGGUUGAAUUGCUUGGGGUCAGAGUUGGCAGGGUGACGGGUGUGGCGGCCUACAAAGAGGAGCCUUCGUUAUUCACGCCCAGCGCUCAAGAUAUGGCACGCGCUGCUCUCAGUCGGGCUGGCUAUGGGCACGGGUGUGUCAUUGGAUAUUGGUCUCACGCACUGCAAACCGUUGGUUUCACCGUCUUGCCAAAAUGGUUGGAGGGCCGGGUGUUGCAGGGUGUUAUGAGGAACGAGCGAGCAGUGGAGCUGAGCAAAAAGUCAGAUUGA